CGGCCGGGCUGUACUACCUGGCGGAGCUGAUUGAGGAGUACACGGUUGUCACCAGGAGGAUCAUCAAAUACAUGAUCUGGUUCUCCUCGGCCGUACUGGUCGGCCUCUACCUCUUUGAACAUUUUCCUGGUUUCAUGGUGGGCGUGGGGCUCUUCACCAACCUGGUCUACUUCGGUUUGCUCCAGACCUUCCCCUUCAUCGUCCUGACCUCCUCCAAUUUCAUCCUGUCCUGCGUGCUGGUUAUAUUCAACCACUACCUGGCGUUCCAGUACUUUGCCGAGGAGUAUUACCUGUUCUCUGAGGUUCUCGCCUACUUCACCUUCUGCCUGUGGUUAAUUCCUUUCGCUUUUUUCGUCUCCUUGUCAGCUGGAGAGAACGUCCUGCCUUCCACGGUGCAGCCCGGAGACGAUGUGGUUUCCAACUACUUCACCAAAGGGAAGAGAGGCAAGCGCUCCGGAAUCCUCCUCAUCUUCUCCUUCAUCAAGGAGGCCAUCCUGCCCAGCCGGCAGAAGAUUUACUGA